CAAGCUACACAAGCUCCGUCUGUCUGAUCAAUUGUACAUUAAUAAAGUGCAUAAUAGAAGCGGAGCAUACCAGUAAAGUUCUUUAAAUGAUUUGAUGGACAGAACACACACCAACACACAGAAAGACAAAGUGUUCUCCAGACGAGGGGGCGUUCACUGUCCGCUCCAUGUGUUACAUAAAGGAGCGUGUCAGUGCGAGUGGGUCCCUGAACGCUGCAGGACGGUUUCACCAGAGGCUCGUCGGUCCGCAGGCAACAGCCAGUGUCCGGUCUGCUUCAACACCCACGGGCUGCUUCUGCUGUCACCGAGACGAGGCAGCUGUACGCGACCAUGGCGGCGUCACUCCUGAGGAUGGGCCGACGGGGCUGCGUCAAGGCUGAAAGCUGGAUUCAUCUGAGCAGAGCACCUGCAGCUGUAGCCUUGAGCACAAAGUCUGGGGGUAACAAAAAGUCAUUCAAAAAGAGUAACUCAGACAAAAACCAGGCUAAAACAUACUUCGAUAUAGAGAAACUUGUCCAGCACAAGACGUAUGAGCCUCCCAAGAAAGAAGCUUCUCCAGCUGCAGCAGCGGCAGCAGCAGCAGCAGCUGCUAAAUCAGCAGCAGAGCCCAUGUCCAUGGUUACUCCCACCGCUGAAGCGAUCCCUGACCCAGCUUCAGCAGCAGAAGCUGCUCCUCUUAUUGAAGCAGUCACUGAAACCAUCCCAGUUGUUGAGGCUGUCGCUGAAGCUGUACCACUGGCUGAAGCCACCGCAGAGGCUGCUGCCUCUUUAACUACAACUGCUGCCCCAGUAGAAGCGGCUCCUGUAGAAGCGGCCCCAGAGCCUGUGACUGAAGUGGCUCCCGUAGAAGUGGCUCCCGUAGAAGCGGCCCCAGAGCCCGUGGCUGAAGCGGCUCCCGUAGAAGCGGCUCCCGUAGAAGCGGCUCCCGUAGAAGCGGCUCCCGUAGAAGCGGCUCCCGUAGAAGUGGCUCCCGUAGAAGCGGCCCCAGAGCCCGUGGCUGAAGCGGCUCCCGUAGAAGCGGCUCCCGUAGAAGCGGCUCCCGUAGAAGUGGCUCCCGUAGAAGCGGCCCCAGAGUCCUUGGCUGAAGCGGCUCCCGUGGAAGCAGCCCAUGUAGAGGCGGCCCCGGUAGAAGCGGCCCCAGAGUCCAUGGCUGAAGCGGCUCCUGUAGAAGCGGCCCCAGAGUCCGUGGCUGAAGCGACCCCUGUAGAAGCGGCCCCAGAGCCCGUGGCUGAAGCGGCUCCCGUAGAAGCGGCCCCAGAGCCCGUGGCUGAAGCGGCCCCCGUUGAAGCGGCCCCCGUUGAAGCGGCCCCCGUUGAAGCGGCCCCCGUUGAAGCGGCCCCUGUUGAAGCGGCCCCUGUGGCUGAAGCGGCCCCUGUAGAAGCGGCCGCAGAGACCGUGGCUGAAGCGGCCCCUGUCGAAGUGGCUGAAGCGGCCCCUGUAGAAGCGGCCCCAGAGACCGUGGCUGAAGCGACCCCUGUAGAAGUGGCUGAAGCAGCUCCUGUAGAAGCGGCCCCUGUGGCUGAAGCGGCCCCUGUAGAAGUGACUGCUGAAGGCUCCAGUCCUGCAGAGAGCCCUGAGGAGCUGGGGGACCCUGCCCCGGUCCUAGCUGAAGCUGCUGGAGAUGAACCAGUUGAACCAUCUGAGGCUCCGAUGGAUCCCAUUCAGAAGCUCUUCCUGGACUCCAUACGCGAGUACUCCUCAAAGAGCCAGGCCUCUGGGGGGCUGGUGGAUGCAGGGUCCGCUUACGACAAGGCUUUAGCGGAGGAGAUUGCAAAGCUUCAGAGACUCUAUGGUGGUGGAGACCUCGAGUCUUUCCCAGUGUUCAAGUUCACAGAGCCCAAGUUGGAGGAAGUUUCCCAGAAGUAAACGAUCAGCACUUUUUCCUCCUGUUGCCUGUCAUACGUUGUUCAUCUCCACAGUGGAACAUUAUCUGUACCUUUAACUGUCCCUUUACUCGUUUGUAUGUGAGGCUGUGUCAGUGUCUAGAUAUGGAAGAUGAAAUAUGAGCUGUACAUAUUUGGCAGGCCGAGUGAAUUUAGUGCUCCAACACAACGUGUGUGUGUAGAUUGACCCAUGGCUGAGCUUUGUGUAAGGAAAACAAUAAAAUCCAUUUCGUAUC